CCAGUUCCCUCUAGUAGUAGUAAUUUCAAAGAACGAAAUUUCAACUUUAAUUCUCCAAACAACGACCUCAACUAACUUUCCCAUCUACCACUGUAGCGGUGACUCACCAGUGACCCUUCACAAAUACCCCACCUCAUUCCCAAUCUUUCUCCAACACUCCUCUCUCUCUCCAAAUUACAGCAAUGGAUCCUAACACUAGUAGUGAAAUAACCCACAAAUUCCCACCAUUUUUCCAAGUACACAAAGACGGCCGCGUCGAACGCUUUAUGGUCUCUGGUUUCUCGCCCCCAACCGUCGAUCCCCGAACCGGGGUCGAAUCAAAGGACGUCGUGAUCUCCCCAAUAACCGGAGUCAAAGCCCGGAUCUUCUUACCCAAAAUCAACGGUCCAGAUCCGAAAAAGCUCCCCCUCUUGGUGCACUACCACGGUGGGGGCUUCUGCGCCGGAUCUGCCCUCGACGCCGUCACGGCCCCAUUUCUCACCCGUCUAGUCUCCGAAGCGAACGUCGUCGCCAUCUCGGUCGACUACAGGCUCGCUCCAGAGCACCCGCUGCCGACCGCGUUUGAUGACUCGUGGGCCGCGUUACAGUGGAUCGGCACUCAUUUAAACGGGACCGGGCCCGAAUUGUGGUUAAACAAGUACGUCGAUUUCGAGCGGGUUUUCUUAAUGGGUGAGAGUGCUGGAGCGACUAUAGCUCACCACGUGGCUGUCCGGGUCGGGGCAACCCCGGGUCCGGAAGGCUUGCGGGUUCGCGGGGCGGUUAUAGCGCACCCGUACUUCGCGAUCAGUGAGCCGGAUGAGAUGCUCCGGUUCUUGUAUCCGGGGAGUAGUGGGACGGACAGCGACCCGAAGUUGAGCGCGAAGGCGGAUCCGGAUGUGGGGAAAAUGGGUGUCGAUAAGGUUUUGGUGCUGGUGGCGGAGAAGGACGGGUUGAAGCCGAGAGGCGUAGAGUAUUGUGAGGCGUUGAGGAAUAGUGGUUGGAAAGGGGAUGUGGAGCUGGUGGAGAAUGAAGGGGAGGAUCAUGUCUUCUUCAUGUUUAAUCCUGAUUGUGAAAAUGCUUUGAUUGUGGUUCAGAAGCUGGUUUCUUUUAUUAAUCAAGCUUCUCGAUGAGAAGAGCCGCGAAUAAGUUUUUUACCGAAGCGCUCAAUCUCGAUCGUUCGAUGAUCUUUUGGAUGAUUCAGAUUAAAAACAGCCUAUUAUCGCUAAUAGAUUGUCUCUACCGCUAAUAGAUUAUAAUCUAUUAAAAACAGUCUUUGUGAGUAAGUUAUUCUCAUGGAUGAGACCUUUGUUGAUUGGAUUAAUAUAAUAUAGUCCAAGUUUUUUCUUUUC